AUGUUGAGAAUUGUAAUCAACAAUAUCAAAAAACCAAAAGAAAUUCCUGAAUAACAGAAUUCAAUUAGCGAAAUUCCUCCAGACACUCAAAUUGAUAAGAAUGAAAAAUAACAAUUUGUUUAGACUAAUUCGAUUUUAGAAUCAGAUAUUUUAAAGGUUACAAAUACAUUAGAAAUUAAAUAAAAAAUAGAACUUAGAAAAAACGAGAUAAAGGAAUUAGUCAAUAAUGAUAUUGCAAUUAAAAUUUAAGAAAUAGAGAAUCUUCAAAAACUCUUAAAACAACUCAAAAAAAUAGUAUUAUAAGAGGUAGAUUAGAUAAUUGAAGAAGCAGAAUAAUGGUCCAGAAGGUUAAAUUCUUUAAGGUUUGAUUAGAUUUCGAGAUGUCAAAAUAGUAAAGGUGUGAAGGAUAGUAAAAUUGCAGAUGAACAGUAUUUAAAAUGGUAAAUAGAUAAGAUAAAUUAAAAGAAUAGAUAUAUGAAGGAGAGAAUUAUCAAAAGAUUACAAAGAUUUAAGAAUUUCAAAGGAAAUGAAGAAUGUCUUACUCGAUUAAAUAAUAUUUAAAUCGAAGAUAAUAAUAAUGAAUAUAUUUUGAUAGAAGAGGAUGAGGAAGUAACAUCAAAUGAUUUAAUAUCUGUUAGUGAAGAAAAGAAAUAGGUUGAUUAAGUUUAAGAGAUGGUUGAGAUGAAGUUGAUUGAGAAUACAAAUAACAAAUAAGAUGGUAGAUGUGAGACAAUAGUUUUUGAUAAAACUGGAUCAAUCAUGGUUUCAAAUGAUAUGGAGUCAAUAAAAAUAUGGAGAUUUGAAAAAGGAGAAUUAACUCUAUUAAAUCAACUUUAAAUGCAUAGUCUCCAUGUUAAAUGUCUAGUUUAUAGUAAGUUCAAAAAUAACUUUAUUUCUGGUUCUGCAGAUAAGAAGAUAAUUUGUUGGAAAUAAGCCAAUGGUAAUAAAUGGCAUUCAAAUAUAUAUUAAUAUCAUAAUGAUACUGUUAAUUGUUUGAUAUUAAAUCAAAGAGAAGAUGAAUUGAUAUCAGGAAGUGAUGAUAAAUAAAUUAUCAUUUGGAGUGUGGAUUUUGUAAAUAACUACCUAACUUUUAAGUAAUCAUUGAAAUAACAUUCUGAAUAUGUUCUAUCAUUAAGUUAUAAUUAAUCUGAGACCUCUUUUGUAUCUUGUGGAUUCGAUUUAUAUAUUAUAUGGAAGAAAAAAUGUGACAAUGGUAACUAAUAAAUACUGAAUACAACUAAAUCUAGUGAAUCGCAGUACUAUUUAGAUCAAUUAAAAUAUUUACCCAAAGGAAAUAGAGUUAUUUUUAUUAAUGACUAGUAAUUUCUUUGGGUAACCUAAAAUUAGGGGAUUUUGGUCUUUGAAGAAAAAUGGUAAAUCUUCUAAAGGUGUAAGAGCAAGACUAUUCAUAUCAAGAACAAUGAUUGCGAAGAUCAAUAUUAUUUCCCUAUAAUAUACAAUAAAAAUAGGAAUUUCCUACUGAUCAAACAUAAAUAUCAUAUUUAUCUAAUUAGGGAAUUAGACAAUGGAAAAUUCAUUAUUCUAUCAUCAGUCGAUUGUGGAACCCAACACAAUUAUGGUGCUAUGACAAAUGAUGGAUAAUAUGUAGUAUUUUGGGAUUAGAAAUUAAAGAAAUAUUCAACUUAUCAGGUAACAAAAGUAUGA